UCAGAGCUAUAGAUCAGUCAACACACGUGCUGUUUUCCGUCAUGUAUUUACAUUGUUAUAUCAUUGUAUUUACUAUAGACUGACGUCAUGACGUUUUAAAUUAAACACUGUGUGUUUUAGUUAUCCGUUGAUAUAAUUGCAUGUUAAUCAGACUGUUUUGUCAAGGAAGAUGGACUGUAGAAGAGUAUUUCUCAUCAUCAUCAGUGGAUUAUUGUGACAGACGAGAUGAAGAUCGAAACACCGGCUGAUCAACAGAUGGAGACUUCAUCUUCCUCAUCCUCAUCCUCGAGCUGUAAGAGGAAGGCGGUGGACAGCCUGAUCUCACACUCAUGUCAGAAGAGAGUGAAAGUAGAGCAAACCCCACAGGAUGUGCUGACGGUGAAGGAUGUGUGUGAUCUGAUCAAGUAUGUCACACUCAGACGCUCUCACAGUGUGAAGAAGCCCAGCUGGUUCAGCGUCAGUGAUGAUGCGCAUCUGUCCCGCGUGAACGUGAUGAUUCUGGACGGACUGACGCAGAGUCACUUCUACAGAUACUUCAGUCACUUCAGACACCUCAGCAGCAAAUACAGCUCA